AUGAAAGAAUCUAAACAAAAAUAUUUACAUCAAACAUUUGGAAAGGCUGAUCGUUUCCCUAAACAGAAAUACUGCUGCGAAACUUCAACCUUCUGUGAACUAAUUCGAAUAAAAAAAGACAGCGAACUCAGAGGACCCACUUUCCCCAAAGGCUAAAGAAAAAUGUUCAAUCAAAACUCGGAAACCCCAGGUCCUGGAAACUACAACAUUUCUGUAGUAAGGGUUUUCAGAAUUCCACCAGAACAACCCUACAAGGUGAACAAGGAGUUUUUAGAUUACAUGAAUUCCAGACCUAAGUCCAUUUAACACGUCUAUCCAGGCCCGGGUGCGUAUGAAUUUAAGUCUACAUUGAGUAAAAGGAAAAUUUCAUUUACAAGAGCAAGAAUGGGGAGCUUUAGUGUGUCAUAAUCUCCUGGGCCUGGAUAAUAUACUAUUAGUAGGCCUGUUUCUAGAGUUUAUUGA